GCUGAGGAAGACUUGGAGCCCUCAAAGCUUCUUCUGCCCCUACCGCGACGGAGCUCCCUUCCUGCCCCGCCAUCACUGAUUCCAUGGCCUCGGAAAUGGAGAUCGAAACGCUUCCUGGUGCCGGAGGCGAGCACGAGCUUGACCUCGGCAAUCUGCUGGUCGCGCACUACCGCGAUCCCGUCACCCUCUCCAACGGCACUGCCAUGUCCGAGGCGGAGAGGGAUGUGGAGUACGUGGAGCAAGGGCGGAAUCUGGUGCAGGUUCUUGUCGACAGGCUUUUCAACAUGCCAUCGACGGUUGACAAGACCGGGCGUUUAGUCACUUUGCCUAAACCUAGCUUUCAGCUUCCAAGAGAGAAGCCGCUCCCUAAGCCUAGACCGAUGACUAAGUGGGAAGCUUUUGCACAAACUAAAGGUAUUAAGAAGCGGAAGAGGAGUAAGUUGGAAUUUGACGAGGGCAAAGAAGAAUGGAGGCGGAGGCAUGGAUACAAACGUGUCAACGACGAGAAUGAUAUUCCUAUUAUUGAAGCUAAAGCUGGAGACGAACCUGGAGAAGAUCCAUUCUUGAAAUUGCGUGAAAGUAAGAAAGAAAGAGUUGCCAAACAGGACAAAAAUCAAUUGGAGAAUUUGAAGAGGGCUGCGAAACAAGGAGGCAAGGGCGCACUUCCUAGUACCUUGCAGUUGGCUGCCACAUCUUUAGCUGUAACUGGCGGUAAGCAACCCGGUCAAAAACUUAGCAAGAACGAUCUCGGGGACGCUGCUGGGCUUGCGAGCACAGCUACUGCUAGCAUCGGCAAGUUUGACAAAAAACUGCCUGGGGAAAAACCUGCAAAAAAGUUAGGAAAACACCGCAAGUUCUUGCCGGUGGUUGAUGGACAAGGCAAAGAAAAGGAGCUGAUAACAAACGUGAUGAAGAAAGUGUUGGCUGAAAAUGAUUUUAGUGGCCUUGAUGUCAAUAAGGCUGUAAGGGCUCACAACGUAGAAGAGAGCGGAAAGCCUUCUAAGAAGGUCGGUGGUAAGAAGCGAGCAGAGGGCGCCUUCAAGAAAGGAGGGUCACGGAAGGGGAUGGCUCCUAGUGGAAAAUCGGGUAAAAAGAGUUCAUUUGGUGGCAAGUCUGGUGGCAAGGCUGGAGGCAAAGAGCGUAAGAGUUCAAAGAGAUGAUUCGUGUCCUUAACCACUCAGUAGAUCAUAAAAUUUUGAUGAGUAGGUUAGCAUGAACAAUAUAUACUUUUUUCAACAUAGUCUAUUUCGUUUGUUAGCAGUUGGAAAAUUUGCAACUCUCUCUCCGUAUGGAUACCGUAGAGGAUUUUAGAGAUUUACUUUCGGCAAAAACAUAUGUAGAAGCCCAAAUUCUGAAAUGUAUGAAUGGAUAUAAUGAAUUAGAUAUGUAGAGUUUUGUCUUCAUAA